CAGCCCUCCAUUGCACUGGAGUGUUUGAGAGUGAACCGAAAGGAAGGGUUAAAGGGAAACGACCGUUUCCAAGCUUUUUUUUUUUUUUUAAAUCAAGUCUGACUUCAUCACUUGUUAAUUUUUUCAGUCCCCAGCAAAUUGCUGUGAAGUUGAAAGAUGCUCAAGAGUCUCAUCUCUCUUAAUGAGUAGUAAUGGGGGUCUCUUGAUGAUUCCUAGCUCCUUAAUUUCUGGAGGGCGGGGUGGCUAGAGUUGGUCAACCCUGCUUUUUAAAAAUACAUUUUGGAUGUUUUCAUCCAUCUUCUGGACAAUUAUUUUUUUACCCUGGUGAAUUUAAUAGGUGUUAAAUAUUUGUGGACAUGAGAGGCCGGGAACGUAAUGCAGACUUAGUGCCAAACAUACCACAGACAACAUGUGCCGUACGAAUUUCCUCCUACUUCCCCCACACAGUACACUGGGGUCUCAGCUAAGAUCAUCAGAGGCACAUUGCUUGAUACAGACAGAGUAGGAAUGGGUUGCUAGGUGGUUGCUGUUGCGACUGUUUUCGUUAGUGCAGUGUCAUGUUCGAUGGCAGUGGGCUGGUUUUGCAAUUGGCAGGGAGCUCAUGAAACAGUUGCAAACCCCACGUUGCUGACGUUCAACAAAAUUAGAAUGGCAAACUACUCCACCCACUCAGAGCCAAGUGGUAUUUCUCCAGAGAGAUGGGGAGAGGUUCUCCCCUCCACUACAGCCUCUGUGCCCCAUUCCGGAGGCACAGCUGGCCAGGGGAGAUUAUCCUUGAUGCUGAGUCAUCCCCACACUGCCUCUCCACCCCUCCCUCAAGCCCCAGGGCGAGAGGAGGAUGCCAGGGGAGUCGCCAUAGUGUGGCGUGCUAAGGAGAUUCUGUGCUGCUCCAAGUUAUUUAGCAGCUCUUGGAAGGCUGCUGCAAAUGAGAGCAGCAUGAGGCUCUCCAGUUUAUGCUGGUGGCCUCAGCAGCAGCCCAGAAUGACACAAGGGUGGCACGGAGACCCCUUUGCUUUGCCACCCUGGGCUGUUUAUUUUCUGCUGUGCCUGCUGGAGAAAGAAUUCCCACAUCUCCCACUCCAUAAGUCUAGGAUGUGGCUAUGGUUAAUUCCAUUCUACUGCGUGAAAGCUCCUUGGAGUCGGAAAAGCCAAGUAAGUAGCAGGAUGACUGUCCCAGUUGGGACUGAGGGGGACGUCUACACUUGGCGCAAGAGGCGUGAUUCCCAUCUCACGUAGACAUGCUAGACCUCGAGCUAGUGUGCCAAAAACAGUAGUAGGGGAGUGGUGGCACAGCUAGCCAUGCUGAGUACUCAUUCAUGGGCUUCAGGCACAACUAGCCCAUGCUACAGUGGCUACACUAUUCUUGACAUGCCAGCUCAAUGUGAGCCUAUCUGAUGAGUUGGGAAUCAGCCCCCUAGCUUGUAGUGUGGACAUAGCCACAGGCCUGUGUACCAAUGGGAGUUUAGGGUGCUCAGGACCUUACGAGGUAGAACAAUAAAAUUUUACAUUUGACCUUCCGUAGAACAUUCAUCUGGCAGGAAAUGGCCUCCAGUUUCAAAAUGUCUGUUCAUUGCUGCUGUUUUGCCUCUCCUGCUCUACUGCUGAGAAAUUAUGGUUAAAAAGCCCAAGAUUAUACGGACAGCGCCAAGAACCUUGGGGUGACACAACUGUGUUCCCAGAGCCGAGAUAUGGACCCUCCUGCUUUGUGGGUGGAUGUGAGUUUAAGCCACACACUUCUUGGACUGUUCUGAUGAUGCAAACGGGGGCUGUGGGGAGUACAGCCAGGCAUGUUAAUUUCAGCUCCAUUAGAAACGCAGGGAAGCCAGGCCUGGCAAGUGGAAAAGGAUUGAUCGGAAGGGGAAGAAAUCUUUUUGAGCACCUGUACUGAUACUGUAACCAAUAGAGGGGCUAAAACCUUGGCCGACUGCAGUGCCUGAGACAGCUAUGAUGGCAGUACUAAUUUCCUGGGGAAUAUUGGGUGCCUCCAGGCCACCCCAUUCAAAUGUAUGAAUAAAGUUGGCUUUGUCAGAUGCACUCCAUGUCUAAAGUAAGGUUUGCCCAUGCUUGCUCACCUGCCCAAAGCUGGGCUGCAUUUCUAACUGGACUGAGCCUGUGAGUAGAUGCAUGAACAUACAGGGAUUUUAUAAGGAACAGUCUGACUGAAGAAUUCCAAGACAUGUGUAACUGAGACCAUACACGGUGUCAGUUUAGUGUCUCAGCUGAUGUGUUUCAUGCGACUGUGCAGUUGCACACGCCAUGAUGUACCAUGCACUGCUGUAGCGUGAUGGACACAGUCUGAUCCUGCAGUCCUUACCUGCCUAGCGCUCCCCUUGAAAUCAUUGGAAGGUCUAGGUAAGGACGGCAGGGCUAGACCCACGUUUGUGAAGUUGUGCAGGCAUUUGCCUCACAGGUUGUGUCUGUAUAAAUCCCAGCUAAGGGCUUGAUGUGUGGAUUAUGUCUGUAUCUCACUUGGCAGCUGCUUUAACCAUUUAAGAUUUACCCGGCUGCUGAGUUAGGGGGAGGAGGGCAGAGUAGCCAUCCUGAUAGCAAAGGACAAAUGUGGGGUAGAUCUGCUGACAAACAUGAGACUGCGAAACACAAGAUUGUGACCGUGCCCUUGAAUUCCUGAUGGUGGGGUUCAGAAUGAGCAUCAGCUGAGGAGGAAAGCCAGUACUGAAGGGGUGGGGAAGAAUGUAGGGGAAGGGGGGUUCUUCUUGCCUAAGCAGAACCUUUGCCGCAGUUAGCGGAUACAUCUCGUACCUCAGCAGCACGAGAUACAGACAGGACACAAGAUGAAACUGGGGAGGUGGUUGUGUGUGGUGACUGGAAAGUGAUCAUGUGACUAGUUUAAAAGGCUUGUCCACAUUAUUUCCCCUAGGAAACUCUCCAGACAAGGAUAACAAUGAAUGGAGGGUCCUGGGUGGGUGAGGAGAGGGGAGGAUCAUGUGUAUAUGAGAGACCAAAAGAGGCACAAAGAAUUAAAAAAGAACGAACCUUCACUUUGCCCUGGGCUAAGAAUUGAGAACAAAUCAGCACACGUGGAUUUUACUAGAGUUUCUUUACUGCUUGCAACAACAAUUGAUGUGAUUUGGAGCCAGGAGAGCUUGUUCCAUUUGGACUUUAUCAGCUCAAGGUAAAGAGAGCUUCUAUCCCAGGCUCUGGUGCCCUGAACAGAUUGUUAAAAACGUAGUCCAACCAGAGAGACAAACCAACAACCUUUCUCCAUGCUAAAGAAGGCAAGCUACAAACCUGAGAUGUGCUCUCCAGAGCUACCACAAAACCCUAACCCCCUCAGCUAAAAGUCCCCCCUACACCCUCAGCCAAACCUCCCCCACUCUGCAGAUUUCAGGCCUGCCCAAAUAGGCUUUGCAGCAGGCCCUAAAGACCCACAGGUUCAGGCUAUUUUAGACUAGUUGGGGAGCUCAAUGCCACCUCCAGAGAGAACCCUGCUACCAGCUCAUUCCUUUCUCACCACAGGGGGUUCAGCUAAAGCACUCACCCCUCUGAGGUCAAGUGUUGCAUAGCAUGGAGGAGGUCUCAGGGAGGAGAUCCCAGACCAUUUAGGGCUUUAUAGGUCAAAAUCAUUUGACUCA